AUGCUCUCACCUCCAUGCCCUCAACUCCAGCCCAGACAAAACUAUAUUGCCAAUUCCGUCCUGGCAAGCGGUCCCAAGAGCCCAUCAAUCUCUUCUUGCUUUACCUUAGACGUCCACGAAGCACCUCCUCCUUAUCCAGAGGUGGUCGGCUGCUACGUUCUCGAAGAUCCAACGCCACCCCAUGACUUCGAAUCAACGCCAGAAAUGGCUCAUAAAUACAAUCGCCUGUCUAGACCUUCAUGCUCCUUGCCACUAGAGGGUAUGCAUAAAUGUGCCUGA